UAUCAGAGCUUGUUGUUGAGCAUCCUCUUGAGGCCAAACAACACACUUCCAUUUAUUUUCCCCUCUAUAAACUACUACUAUAUUACAUUUCCUUCUCCUUCAUACUAUCAUCAUGUCAAAUACUUCUAACAACCUCUCCAACGAAGAACUCCUAGCUUCCAAUGCCGCUCUCAAACCCCAAGUUGAGUACUUGGCAAAACAAGUUGCCCAACUCACUAAGCUCAAGAUGAGCAUGGUGAACACCUCGGAGGAAAGAGAUGAUGAUGAAGAAGUUGCUCUCGAAGCUAACUCUAGUAACACCACUAAAGGAGAGAAUCACGAACUAGGAGCUACUGAUUUCAAGGUUGACAUACCAACCUUUGAAGGAAAGAACGAUCUCGAUGACUUUCUAGAGUGGCUCGAAACUGUUGAGUGCGUCUUUGACUUCAAAGAUGUGCCCGAAGAGAAGAAAGUCAAGAUCGUGGCACUGAAGUUCCGAAAGUAUGCUUCCACUUGGUGGUCUAACUUAUUCAACCAAAGAAGGCGAGAGAAUAAGGCUCCCGUGAAGACCUGGCUCAAAAUGAGGAGCUUGUUGAAGAAGAAGUUCUUGCCCGAACAAUAUGUACGAGACAACUUUGCCCGGUUUCAACACCUAAGGCAAGGUCCCCUCUCGGUUGAAGAUUAUAAUCGGGAGUUUCAAGAACUCUUAAUGAGGCCAACUCCAAACUCGACGGGAUUCUUCUUGGAGAAGGACAUUUGCGGUUUCUCCUCCGCUUCAAUCAUCAUCUUUUCAUUCAAUAUCCAUGCAGAUCUGCGCCAACUCCACCAUCCAAUCUCCAAUUCUCUUUCCCUCCUCAUGCCUUGAUCAUGCGCUGCCCAAUCCAUCGUCCAUAUAUGAUAGAUGGAGGCCUUCGCUUCAAAAUGGUUUUACCAUAAAUUCUAGAGACCCAAUCCUAGAUUGUUAAGCCCCGAUCUGUUUAGGCUGAAAGCAUUUUGGGAAUGUUGGGAAUUUUCAGAUUGAAUGAGAUGCUCUGAUGCUAUCCAAUUUUGCAUUGGAGAGCCACUUCCAUAAUGCAAGGCAAGAGUUAAGCCAUGCACUAUAUAUCGGGUAACUAUUUCCAUUUAAAAUAUCAAAAGUAAUGGUACUUUUUAUUACACCCUUCGUUCAAUUUAAAUUGCGUGUUUCGGUUUAUUAUGUUUGACUAAAAUUAUUUUCAAUUUAUUUUAUAUGAAAUUCGGUAUGGAAUUUAAAAAUAGAAUUUAUAUGCUCCCUCCGUCCCAGUUUAUUUGUCCAAUUUGACUUUUUCAAGUCAAAUUGGACAAAAUUUGAGUUUCAAUUAAAUAAAUACCGUAAUGUAUUUUAACAUAAAAAUGACUUUAUUAGAUUUAUUGUAUUAAGAACUUUCAAAAUUGUAUUUAAUUAUGUUAAUAUGAAAUAUAGAUUGAGAGUAAUUGGAGUUCAAAGUUUGUCCAGUUUGACACGAAAAAGUCACACUGGACGGGACAGAGGUAGUAAAGUUCUAUAAAACAAAAGGUGGCACGAUAAUAUUAUUUUAUCAAAUGAGUUUCGAAAAUGAGUAAUGAAAAUUGUUAAAGUACGUAAUUUGUAAUAUGAGAUGUAGCGACAGAUGAAUUAUUUUGUAAUAUGACAUGUUAGAGUAAUUUGUGUUCGGUUUGUCAAUAAAAUGUAGCGACUCUC